UUUGUAAAUCACUUUUUAUAUGUGAGAGCAUAUAAAAAGUCUAACAUCUGUUUUUAUUAGCAGAGAGACAUUUUCUAAUUUUUUGAGUGUGUUGUGGGCUACAAUUUUUUCAGCAAUGCUUGCUGUAUUAGCCAAUAGGCUGUGUAAAAGUGUAAAAGUUGCUGAAUUUUUAUACUUCCAAUAACAAGAAAAUUAAGACGAAUGCAGAAGCCUGGUUAAAAAAUGAGAAAUGCUUUUUGCUGUACCUAAAAUGUUGUUGCUUUAAGAAAAUGUUAUUUGUCUGUGAAAAGAUGGAAAGAAAAGUGUCCAUCUGAAUCAAACACUUGUGCUUGCAGGUCAGAUUUGCAUCUUUCUAGAAUUGAGGGCCACUCAUAAUCCUUUAGAGGGCCUCACUUUGGACGCUGCAAUAAUCUGCUGUAAAGUAAAAGAGACAGCGCAAGAAAUACACGGUGGUCCAGAAGGAGUGAAUGCUGUAAUCUGCAGGGAUUCAUUAGAAAGCUUUUUAAACUAAUUUUAGCAGUGCAUUAUUCUUAAUGCACUAUUUGAUAACUAGGAUUAAUUGGAAUGUAUGUGUGUUUGAACUGAAAUUGCAUUUGUUGUUAAGUCCCUCAAGAUGACAUUUGUUGUGAAUUGGUGAUACAUAAAGAAAUUGAACUGAAUUGUCCAUUUCAGAGUCAAGCCACGCUGAGUACAUGCUGGUGGAAAGGAGCAAAAAUUGUCAGCUUUGCUUGUUUGGUCUACAAGCAGCUUUCUGUUUGCAAGGCAGACAGGUUUAACUUUGAAAGUUUCCCACUUGCAACUCUGACUUCAGAAGACUGGUUCUGAAGAAACUUGUACAUUUAAGCAUAAACUACAUCCUAUAUUACAUCAUGUAGAACCGAUGUAGAUUUGUGCUUCUGCUGUUUAAAAAAUGUCUACCAGACUGAAGAUACAUGAAAAGAUGUUUGCUGAGGUAAUCCUUGUUCUAAGAAGUUGGAGAAGUGCUGAUCUAAAGCCUUUCAAUUGUUAUGUUACUGUUUAUCCUGCAAGGCCCCUGAUAAUCCCUGAGGUAAAUAGUGAUGGAAACGAGGAAGUGAGAAACAAUAAAACAAGCGAUGCACGGCAGUCAUUACCAGUCCAACCUGCCAUUUAGUGAAACAUGAAGUGUGUUAACUGUUACUUCUCCAAAUUCUGGCUUGAUUUCAAAUAAUGGGUAUAAACGAUUGUUUUCUAUCUCGAUCAAUCUUAUUAAAAUGGAAAACAGCUCAUUUGGAAUCAAUUCUCCACUAACACUGGAGACGUUUUUUAUUCCACCUGGAGGAAAGUAUCCAAUAUUUUUGUUUGGUCUAGCCGUUUACUUGUUUGGAAUGUCAUGCAACCUGACUCUGAUAUCUUUGAUUAUUCUGAAGAAAAACCUUCACAAGCCCAUGUAUUUUAUCCUGAUUAGUCUGCCGGUGAAUGAUCUAAUAGGAAUAACUGCCAUGCUUCCAAAAGUACUUUCAAAUAUUGUUACAGAGACUCGGGAAGUUUCCUAUCCGCUCUGUGUUCUACAAGCUUUUCUUCUGCACAUGUGCGCCGGUGGAAUUCUGUUUGUUCUUGCAGCAAUGGCGUUUGAUCGCUACAUUGCCAUCUGUAUGCCAUUACGCUACAGCUCUGUCAUGACUCCAAGGAUUGUUGCUCUUAUUAUUUUCCUGGUUUGGAGUUCUGACUUUGUCUGUAUCCUGUCACUAUUUUCUCUCCAGUCAGGGCUGCCCAGGUGCAGAUCUGUAAUACUGAGCGUGUUUUGUGACAACCAGUCUCUCCUGAAGCUCACGUGUGGGAACUUAAUCCUCAGCAACAUAAUUGGGCUAUUUAUCACAGUUUUCAUACAAGUUUUAAGUAUGUCUAUUCAGGCCUAUUCUUACUUUAAAAUUCUGGUUGCAUGUCUGAGUAGGAAGCAAUCUGAUGCAAAGGCGAAAGCAGUGAACACGUGUGUUGCACAGGUGGUUAUUCUUGUCAUGUUUGAGAUAGCAGGAACUUUCACUGUGUUAUCGCACAGGUUCCAAAAUAUUUCCCCUGACUUACAAAAGGUAAUGGGGAUGCUAAUGUUUAUUUUGCCUCCACUUAUUAACCCUAUUGUGUAUGGCCUCUAUACCAGCGAAAUACGCAGAACCUUCCUGAGUGUCUUCAAGAGCAGAAUAUCUUCCUGAAUUUCACUCAGAUCCUGGAGAACUUUUAUUUACUAAUCUUGUAUCACAAAUAGUCACAAAUUUAACAAGGCAGAAAUCUAAACCUACAUUGUGCUGAAAAACAAUCAGAAACCUGAUGUGAAUGAUCCAUAACAAAUCUGUAGUUUAUGUUUUUAUGAAUCCAUAAUAAAAACGCUGUUUUUAUUACCGUGUAUGAAAAGUUGUUUUCAUUUUACUCUUGUUUGGAGAAGGUAUUUCAUGGGAAGCGUCAUGUUUUUUCAAUCAAAAUUUCGUGCGGUUUAUUAUGUUUGCAAUUUUCAAUCCUGAUAUGAUACUAUGAGCAAAAGUUUAUUUUAUAGAACUGGAAACAAUGGUGACCUGUAAAAUGUUGUUGUUCUUUUAGUUACAUGUAAGACUUUUUUUUAUGACUGUGUAAAUUAUGAGUGGUUUUGUCCAUAAUUUAACAUGUAAGACCUUUGAAAUUAUUAUAUGCAAAACAUCUAAAAUGAACUAAUCCCAAAUACAAUUUUUCAAUGUUUUUUGAACCAUUU